AGUGGCACUUGCUUGAUGUCAGAGUCUAUAUAAAAUGAGGCGUCAGGUCGCAUCUCCAUUCAGCCACAAGGGGCCCAAGGAGUCACUCCUCUGGAAAGCAUCUGGUCUACGUGCGGAUCGAUUGAGACAUGCUCCCAGAUGUUGAAACAUCCGGACGCACCGCUCUACGUUUCCUCUCCAACCUUUUCUGUCUCUUUGAGCGCGAUCGCAGUUAGAAAGUUAUUUUGUGGAUAAAAGAGAGAAAAAAAAUGAAAAAGAUUUAUGGACAUCUGGUUCUGCAUUUUUCCAGCCGAACACGAAUAAAAACAGAAAGUAUGGAUAAGCAUUUAUUUGUUUCUAUCUAGCUGUGCCACUUCCCUGGCUGGCUGGCACGCAGCGGCCUCCAGAGAUGACCAGCAUCGGUGGAUGAAAUAAAAGUGGAAGUUAUGGAGAUUUCUGGGCAACUCGAGCCAACUCAGCCGCUGAACGCCUCCAAUGACAGCUUCGUCUCACACUUACCAUCCGCAGCCGAGAGCGCAGAGAGCCUCGCCUAUCAGAUUUCUCUGGCUGCGAUCCUCUCGGCCAUUACGCUCGCCACCACUCUAUCCAACGCCUUUGUCAUUGCAACCAUUUCCCAGUCGAAGAAGCUGCAAACUCCGGCGAACUUCCUGAUUGCCUCUCUGGCGGUGACCGACCUCCUGGUGUCCAUUCUGGUGAUGCCCAUCUGCGUCCUGUACACGGUGAUCCACACCUGGACGCUCGGCCAGAUCGUCUGCGACAUCUGGCUCUCCUCGGACAUAACGUGCUGCACCGCGUCGAUCCUGCAUCUGUGCGUAAUAGCGCUGGAUAGGUACUGGGCCAUCACGGACGCAGUGGAGUACUCCAAAAAGCGGACGCCGGGACGCGCAGCCGGCAUGGUGGCCACGGCUUGGGUCAUCGCCAUCUCCAUCUCCCUCCCGCCUCUCUUCUGGAGGCAGGUGAAGGCGGAUGAGCUGACCAGCUGCAGCGUCAACACGGACCACAUCUUUUACACCAUCUAUUCCACCUUCGGGGCGUUCUACAUCCCCACCCUGCUCCUCAUCGUCUUGUACGGGAGGAUAUACGUGGAGGCUCGCAAGCGCAUUCUGAAACAGUCUCCAAAGAAGGCUGGGAAGAGACUGACCUCUGCGCACCUGGUCACCAACUCCCCUGGGUCCGUGGCCUCCACCACGUCGCUGCAGUGCGGGAGGCACGACACCCCGUCCAGCGACACCGGCUCUGCAACCAGCGAGAACCAGGUGAAAGUCACGGUGUCGGACGCGCUCUUGGAGAAAAAGCGCAUUUCUGCGGCCAGAGAAAGGAAAGCGACCAAGACGCUGGGGAUCAUCCUGGGCGCGUAUAUCAUCUGCUGGCUUCCGUUUUUCAUUUACACCUUACUGGUGGCCACGUGUGAGACGUGUCUGAACCCCGAGCUGUUCGACUUUUUCACCUGGCUGGGAUACCUGAACUCUCUGAUCAACCCCAUCAUUUACACCAUGUCCAACGAGGACUUCAAGAAGGCUUUCCAAAAACUGGUCCGCUUCAACUGCUGCAGGUCCUGAACUGUUUCACCAAACUGGGGGAAAAAAAAAUCUAUAAAAGAUUUAUAAAGAUUAAUAUGUUUGUUUUAUAUAAAACUCCGGGAUGUCCGAUUAAAUUCCCCUCAUUGGUAAAUUAUUGAGACUUUCUUACAUUUUACCCUUUCAUUUUUUUUGCUGUUUACAGUUCAUACUUAUAAACUAACCAUGGCUCUUAAACCACGGUGGACCAGUUUAUUUAUUUUUGCUGUAGUUAAAUGGUUCGAUGAAUUAUGGAGAUAGUAAGUAAUUAAAAGCGCUAAUAUCAAGUCAUUCAAUAAAAUCCUUCAUUGCUAUUAUCUGAAAGUUUUGUAUUAAAUCCUAUUCUCAUUCAUUUUGGUUGUUUGCUGGUCAUCUUGCCCCCUUGCCAUUUCAGACCUACGCAGCUUUGGUGGUUUCAGGGUUCAAGGUUGACUUUCUUAUCACAGAGGAACAAUUUGUUGUGUAGACAAGCACAGCAGCAACAUAAUAAAAACGAAUAAAAGGUCUUGGUUCAUCAUCAGAUCGCUAAAUUCACCAAGCUGACAGCAGCGGAAAUAAAAGAGCCUGUCUGUUCUACCGUGUAGCUCCAUCCUGAAGGCAGCGGGGGAUAUUCUGCCCAUAAAGAUUGGCUGCGGUCAGCCGGGAUGAUCUUAGCCGUCUUUGAAGAUCUGGUUUUAUAGAGGUCACAACGUUCAUUCAGGCGCAUUCUGCUGGAUUUUCUUUUAUUUCUCUCUCUCUCUCUUCUUCUCUUAGGCUGUCUCUCUUAUUUUUCAUGUCAUUGUGUUGCAUUUAUUUUCAAAGCCACUUGUUCAUCUACUUAUCCAGGUACGCUGCUUUCUGCACGCACACAGGGUCACACGUGCAUGUCCACGUUGUGUAAUAGUGAUUCCAGGCCAUGGUCAGACUUCUCACUGCUGAAGAGUGACACAAUGACAGAGUCGUCUGCAGAUUUGAGAAUGGUGGGAGGGCUCUGGUUGUCGUUUGUAUAGAAAACGAAACAGGAGGGGAAAGGACUCCAUCUUAGGGGAGUACCAGUGGAAGAACAAAGGGGCUCAGAUAAAACAGCAUUUACUCUGACCUGAAGUGUCCUCAAAGGCAAAAAAUACAUCAACCAGGAAUGAAAAUUGAUAUUGAAUAAAUACUUUAGUCUGUCUGCUAAAAUCUUUCAUACCCAUCUCUUUCUGGCAUGAAACUGUGCCAUGCGUUCGAUCCGUCUUCUUUUUCGUAUGAUCUACUCAUUGUCUACUGUGGGGGAAUGUGCUUUUGUGAAUGCAAUAAAAAUAUCUGCCCCCAGGGGGUUACUCAGA